AUGAUGGAGAGGGUGUACGACGACAAAAUCAUAACUAAAAUAUAUCAAGAAUUUCCCAAUACGAAAGAUGUCUGUUAUUUGGAUCACGCGGGUGCCACUUUAUACUCUGAAAAACAAAUAAAAAAUCAUUUAAACGAUUUGUUAUCGAAUGUUUAUGGUAAUCCGCAUUCGUUGAAUCACAGCAGUAAGCAAAGUUUGGAUUUGAUCGAUCAAGUUAGACAAAGGAUUCUUAAAUUUUUUCACGCGACACCCGAUGAAUACAGUUUGAUAUUUACCUCGAGUGCGACGUCAGCCAUUAAAUUACUUUUCGAAAAUUUUAACUGGAAUUCAAAUUUCGAAGAUGAAGAAUUUUACCACGACACAGAAUCGGAUUUCUUUCAAAACUCAUCGCAGUCGACGCCGACAGCACAAAGUGCGUUUGUAUACACUCAAAGCAAUCACACGUCCGUGGUGGGCGGUCGAGAACUCGCACAAGAAAAAAACAUACCAUUUUAUUGUUUGGGCUACGAAGAAGCAAACACUCUAAUGUCCGACCAUAAUCACGUUCCUACGAACGAAACUUAUCCGACGUGCAAUUCCAUAUUUGCUUAUCCUGCACAAUGUAAUUAUUCUGGGAAAAAAUAUCCGUUGGAGUGGAUAAAAAAAGUUCACACAGGAAUCCUGGACUCGUAUGGAAAUUCAAAUAGAAAAAGACAUUCGAAAUGGUUUUGUCUCCUAGAUGCGGCUUCGUAUUGUUCCACAAGCGAUCUCGACCUUUCUCAAGUUCAUCCAGACUUCGUAUGUAUCUCGUUUUAUAAAAUAUUUGGUUAUCCUACAGGUCUAGGAGCUCUAUUAGUGAGAAAUCAAAGCAGUUACGUAUUGAAAAAGAAAUAUUUCGGAGGAGGAACUGUUGAAAUUGCAUUACCCUUUCAAAAUUAUCAUAAGAAACGGAAAACUCUUCACGAAAGGUUCGAAGACGGUACAAUACCAUUUUUAACCAUCAUUUCAUUAGAACACGGUCUCAAUACGUUAAAUCGUUUAAAUUUGAACAUGAAAUUGAUAUCGAAUCACGUGUUUGAAUUGGCGAGAUUAACCGUUAAAAAAUUAAAAUCCUUAAUUCAUUGGAACGGGACUCCAGCAGUAGAAAUUUAUGCUGAUACGAAUUAUGAUGACGUCAGAACUCAGGGAGGCAUCGUAAAUUUCAAUUUGAAAAGAGCCAAUCAUCAAUAUAUAGGUUUCGUAGAGGUAUUGCACAUGGCGAAUCUGAGAAAAAUAUACAUAAGAACAGGUUGCUUUUGCAAUCUCGGAGCUUGUCAAAAACACUUAAACCUGAGCGAUGCCGAUUUGAAACUAUACUAUCAAGCCGGACACGUUUGCGGGGAUGCAAAAGAUCUCAUUGAUGGUAAACCCACGGGAUCCAUAAGGGUAUCUUUCGGGUACAUGUCAACCGAAAACGACGUCAACAAACUCGUCAACAUGAUAAAGGAAACGUUUGUCGAAUUAACGCCACAGAUAAUGCCCUACAAAAGAAAAAUCACGAGUAACGGAUCUGGGAAAUACCUAUCGAAAAUAUUACUCUUCCCGAUAAAAUCAUGCGGAGCCAUGGAAGUAACUUCGUGGAAAUUAAAUUCGAAAGGAUUGGAAUACGAUCGAGAAUGGAUGGUUACGACAACCAGCGGUGUUUGUUUGACGCAGAAACAAGAACCAAAACUUUGCAUGAUUUGUCCAAAUAUCAACCUGAAAAAUCAAACGUUAACUUUAACUUUUGAUAAAAAAGAUGCCAUAACGUUUCCCAUCGAUUUUGAUGAUAAUAAUAAUAAUCAAUACGGUUUAUGCGAGAGUAAAGUUUGCAAUAAUUUUAUCCAGGCAUACGAUUGCGGAGAAAACGUUUCCCAAUGGUUGUCGGCACAUUUAAAUAUCGAAGGCCUAAGAUUAGUCAAACAAUCCAAAAACGACAACAGAUCAUCUAAAAAAAGUAAAAAUGUUAAAAAUGAAAAUUCCGUUAAAUUAUCACUAACGAAUCAAGCACAAUUUUUAAUGAUAAAUAACGAAAGCGUGAGGUGGUUACACGAAAUUAUAAAUCAAGAUGGCGAUUUAGAUUUUAACAACGUUUCCAAUAGAUUCCGUGGUAAUUUUUACAUCGAGGGAGGAGUCGAAUUUUCCGAAAACAAUUGGAAAACCGUAUCCAUCGGAAGUGUUAAAUUUAAAGUUGAAGGACCUUGCGGAAGGUGUCAAAUGAUUUGCAUUGAUCAAAAAACGGGUGAAAAAAACCGGAAACCGUUAGUCGCAUUAUCCAGAGCUUUAAGUGGUAAACUUCAAUUUGGUAUUUACUUGAGUCAACAAAUACAACCGGAAAUCAAAAAAGAGGAAAUCGUUAUAAAUGUGGGUGACGUAAUAGAAAUCACCGAAUGA